UGGUGGAAGAGCAGGGAAGGGUGAAGACCAGCAAUAUCAGGUCUACCUUUAUGAUCAUCGAACUACCGCAUCAAACAGCAAAUGAAGGAGCAAUUGAUGUUCCCCAGUAUAAGAGGCCCCAGUCAAUGCUUCUGGAUAUUCCAACCAUGCAGCCGGCAGAAUAUUCCAAAAACAGCACUGGAGUGACCUGCGUGACGUCCUUUGUCAGAGGUCUGGACUGCUGCGUGCUGAUUCGUCGGGCGGUGGUGCUGCUCCUGCUGACCGCCUGGGUCACCAUGUCGGUGGUCAAGGUGCAGCAGCUGCUCUCGGAGCCGACCUCCACCAGCACCCACUGGGAGGAGGACAACCUGCUGCCCCACCUCACCAUUUGUCCGGCAGCUACCAUCAACACCACCGUCGCCACAAUCAUGAACAAAGGCACCGAAAAACAAAAAAGUGCACUGCUUGGCAACAAAACGCUGCUGGAGUUUUUCUGGACGGCGGGACUGAAGUUAGACGACAUGCUGCACAACGUCGUGCCUACAGAUUCUCCCGGAGAAUAUCGAGAUUUCUUCGGAACUUCGUGGAAGGCAUCGGUUCACUAUUUAUCAGGUGGGCUUUGCGCGACAGCGAAGCUUUCUUCGAAAUCAGAUCAACUGUGGUCGUUUAUAUUUUUGAAAAUGCGGCCAGAGUUUAUGUCGCAAGGGAAGGCUUUCGAGUUUUUAUUACACGAGCCGGACACAUUCUGGGGAGAGCCACUACCGCUCGCUCAAACAUAUGUCAUCAUGAACGACACACGUUUUGCGAGCAUUGUUAUAACGACCUACCGACAAGUGCGCCCCAGUCUGCGCCGCUCUCCGUGUGUGACAGAUCCCGACUACAACCAGGCUACCUGCAAACGACACUGCUUCUUCGCUGAUAUGAACUGCACUCUGGAGCGUAUUCACAACUCCGAGAAGAGGCUGUGCCUGGCAGCCGACUUUGGAUACUUUAAGGCCUACAGACUUUUCAAGGGACUUCUCACCGCAUCGGAAAGCAACUGCAGCUGCCCUGUAUCCUGCGUCCGGGACAGGUACACUAUAUCUGCUCGGCCAGGCCAGGCACUGUUCAACAGCGACGUGGAGCUGCACAUUCAGCCAGCGGGCAUUCGGAAGGUACUGGAGACAUCCAUUUCAUAUACCAUAACCGACCUGAUGGCCGAUAUCGGCGGCUUUCUGGGUUUGUUUCUCGGCUGGUCCUUGCUGACAUUGUGCGAGCUUGCACAGGAUGGAGCGGGAUGGGUGAAGGCCAGGUGCAGACGACAACCGAAACCCUCAAAAUGGGCACAUCAUGUCUUGAGCAUCCUUUUAUGAAAACGCAAACAACCUACAUAAAACGUUGGUAUGGCAGUAGCUUCAGAUGCAGUGGUAAGGGGGGGUGACAGACGGAUCAAGGUCAUCCAUGGUCGGUGCUCGGCAGGUUGGUUGAGAUGACCAAUCCACAGCCACCUUAUGAAUUUCCAAAAAUACCCCGAAUAGUUUUCUUCCUUUAUUUCUCAACAGGACCAAGCAAACAAUCGAUCGUACAGUAUCAGUCUAACUCUAGCCCUCGCCGGCACAGGCCAUUUUGAGUCCUUCGACGGCACAAGGGGGGGGGGGUUGGUACGACCCCCCCUCGCGUUUGGCCCCUGAUCGAGCUAGAGAUUCGCAGAAAAAAACGAGCGUGUUGCCCGUCACGAGAGGAAGCCGAUGAUACCCAAUUUUAAGGUCCUAGGUCAUCGGGUGACCUUCCAGGUCAGGUCAAUGACCCGAAAACCGGGAAAAUCGGGACCUGUUAGAAAGUCGUAAAGUGUGGCUGCCAUGUGGUUUCCCGGGGUGCUGAUCACGAAUAUCGAGUUAGUUUUGAUCAUAGAUGGUCUUUAAGCAUUUAGACCAGGUCGUGUCAGGUCAGGUCAGGUCAACCGGUAGGUUGUGACGGGUAUUCGUAAUACGUGUCAACCGCCUCGGACAGCUUCGUAACAUGUUACGAAGACACCAAAACUACUUCGUAAAUGUUCAAAUGGCUGCUAAAUUCGAAUUCAGCUGCAAAAACUAGCCUAGAAACAUGUAAAACUCGAAAAAGUGAACCGAGGUCACCCGAGGUCACCAAAGGUCAAUGACCUGACCUGACCUUAAGGUGACCUUGACACUCACCCUAAUGCAUGGGAGCAACAUCAAAUCACAUGUUUGAACGUUUGAAACCACGAAAAGCUUGCAAACGCGCGGCUAAUGCGAGCCGACAUGCGCCGAACCGCGAUUUCGGCCAAACAUGGUCACAGAAAAGAGGUCACAGGUCAAAGGUCAUUGGGGUCAGGGUCAUGAAAUUUUCCGGGUAGGUGUAGAAUUGAUCAAUGCGAGGGUACUGAAAGUUUCGUUGCGAUCGGCCGCUUUGUACGUGAGUUAUUCGCGAAAAACCUUAAGGGGGGGGUUGCAUCAACCCCCCCCCCCCUGUGCCGGCGAGGGCUAGAGUAAUGCAUCGGUAAUAUUUUGAUCCUCAUCAUACCUUUAAGACAAUUAUAUACUUUAUCAUGGUCGGACUUUAGCUCCGUGGCACCGCAUGGCAAGUUAUCGCUCUGCAGUGCAUCAAAUCUUACAGGCCUAGGCCAUAGCUUCACGGUACAGCAUACCCAACAGGCUUCAGCCAUUGCUCUGCGGUACAGCAUAUUCCACAGGCGUCAGCCAUAGUUCUGCAGUACAGCAUAUCCCACAGGCGUCAGUCAUAGCUCUGCGGUACAGCAUACCCCACAGGCGUCAGCCAUAGCUGAUAGCUCUGCAGUACAGCAUACCCCACAGGCGUCAGCCCUAGCUCUGCGGUACAGUAUACCCCACGGGCGUCAGCAAUAACUGCGGUACAGCAUACCCUACAGGUGUUAAACAGAACACCACGACACAGUACUUACAUAUGAUACCUAUGUAGAUAUAGACAUACACAUGUUAUCUAUGUAUGUACUUUAUGUGCUUUAUGUACAUACUUAUGUACUAUAUGUACUAUGUACUAUGUGCAUACAUGUAGGUAUAUAGCACAAUCAUAAGCUAUAGCUCCGCGGAGGAUACAUACGGCAUAUGCCUAUAAAGGUGUCAACCAUUGUUGUACGGUGUAGCUCUUUUUAGGAUACUUCUAAGAGAUGUGGGAAAAAUGUAUCUCUAUAUGACACAAAUAUAUGACAUAUGACACAAAAAUUGAUAUAAUAUGACACAUAAAAUUGAAUUAUAAUAUGACACAAAAAUUAACAAUAAAACAUAUAGCAGCAAACACAAGCUUGUAUCUCACGAGUGCCUACUGGCCCAACGACAUCUUAGCCAUUUCUCAUUUCUUCAGUAAAAUAAUUUACAGACUUUCACCGACUAGUUAUUUGUCUAUACUUGGCCACUAGCCAGUGCACUCCACCACAGAACAGGUCAAUCGAAGAAGCUCCUAGCCAGCGCAAGGUGUCACGAAAGAUUUCGAAGAGCGAGAGCAGCGACCAGCCGAGGAACAGGCCCAUAAAGCCCCCGAGAUCGGCCAAAAAGUCGAAAAUGUUGUACGAGAUAGUCGUAGACAGCACGCUCCUGAUACCUGCCGUGUGAAUGUCCAAUUCCAUUCGGUCCCAAAAGUAUGGCUGACCGGGGCUGGUGGAUAUAGUAUAGCUGUCACGAAUACAAGGCUGGGGACAGUUACACUUUUCAGAAUAAGCUGGGAGAGAAUUGUGCACUAUUCCGUGAUAGACGAGUUUUCUGUAAUCUGCCACCGUGCAAAGUUCCAUGUCAGAUUCGUUGACUGUCUCGAAAGUACAAUUCAGUUUGUUGAAAAAGCAGCGAAGCUCGCAGUCACCUUGGUCAUAUUCAGGAUUGCCUUCACAAGGAGCCCUUUUUAAAUUGAUCCUAACCUCACGAUAUGUGGUAACCACGAUCUGGUCAUGACGAGAGUUGAUAUACUUUGAAUACACUUGUUUCCGUGGAAA